CAAAUGCAAAAAUGGUUCUGGGCAAUAAGCGUGGUCCUAGGCGUUCAUCUUCUUCAACAGCUUCAACUGUAUCAACCAUUGUGUUCAUAGUAUUAUGUGUUUUAGGCGUAUGGCUGCUGUCCUCCAAAUCCUUUGCACCGCCGCAAAAAACCACCAGCACUGCCACUGACGACACCAAUGCCAAAACUUUCUCAAACGAUGAUAGAAAAGACCAAACUGUUUUCGAGGAUAAUCCUGGUCUUCUACCCAACGACGCCAUUCAGUCAGAUGAUCAAAAUGGUCGUGAAAGAGAUGAAGAAGCCAAGCCUGAUGAAGACCAGAGGAAGAAGAUUAUUAAAAAUAUUGCAAAAGGCGAGGAAGAUAAGCAGGAACAAGGGCAGACUCAGAUAUCUGAAGAGAGUGCUUUGACACUGAACCAACAACAAGAACAAUCAAUGGCAAACCAUGGUGACGAGAAAGAAACACAGUCAACUGAAGAAAUGAUGAAGCAACAGCAGCAAGAAGAUGCUGGAAAUGGAAACCAGACUGUAAAUUCACAGGAUUUGCAUAAUCAGUUAUCGGAUGAAGAUAAUAAGAGGAGAAUGAAAAAGCAUCAAGAUCAACAUGAACAGAAGAAACAAGAAACUCCUAAAAAUUUCACCACCUUCAACGAUACAACAAACCCAGUAAAAGAAAAACCAAAUGAUAACUUACAGACGCGUCAACAAACAACGGAGGAGUCUCAAAGAACGAAGGAACAGAAGCCGACUAACUCCAACUCGGGCGAUGCCCACCACGGGAUUCCCCAAGAAUCAUCCGAGUCAAAGAAGUCAUGGUCAACUCAGGCGGUUCAGUCUGAAACUCAAAAAGAAAGACGUACAGACGAGCACAACAGUAAUCACACAUGGCUACUUUGUAACGAAACUGCGGGUCCUGAUUUUAUACCUUGUUUGGAUAAUGAAAAGGCCAUCAAACAGUUACGUUCGACUAUACAUUACGAGCAUCGUGAGAGGCAUUGCCCUGAGAAAGGGCCGACUUGUUUGGUCCCAAUUCCACAGGGAUAUAAAAGAUCAAUCGAUUGGCCAGCAAGCAGAGAUAAGAUAUGGUAUCAAAAUGUACCCUACACAAAGCUGGUAGAGGUGAAGGGACACCAAAAUUGGGUUAAGGUAACGGGUGAAUUUUUGACAUUUCCAGGAGGAGGCACACAGUUCAUACAUGGCGCUCUUCACUAUAUUGAUCUUAUUCAAAAGGCGGUACCAGAAAUAGCCUGGGGGAAGCACAGUCGAGUGAUAUUGGAUGUUGGCUGUGGAGUGGCCAGCUUCGGAGGGUACCUAUUCGACAGAGACGCUCUAACCAUGUCUUUUGCUCCAAAAGACGAGCAUGAAGCUCAAGUUCAGUUUGCACUUGAAAGAGGGAUUCCUGCAAUAUCUGCUGUCAUGGGUUCUCAAAGGCUUCCAUUUCCAAGCAAUGUCUUUGAUGUUGUUCAUUGUGCACGUUGUCGGGUGCCUUGGCACGUAGAUGGCGGUAAGCUUCUUUUAGAAUUGAACCGAGUUUUGAGAUCCGGUGGUUACUUCGUCUGGUCAGCAACGCCCGUGUACCGGAAGGAUGAAGAAAAUGUGAAAAUCUGGAAGGCAAUGUCAUCAUUGACUCUAUCGAUGUGCUGGGAUCUUGUAACCAUCAGGAUGGACAAAUUAAACUCUGCUGGCUUUGCCAUCUACCGAAAACCCACCACCAACGAAUGCUACGAUAAAAGAAGACAUAACAAUCCUCCAAUGUGUAAAAAUGAGGACGACCCAAAUGCUGCCUGGUAUGUGCCUCUGCAGGCAUGCUUGCACCGGCUGAAUCCUGAUAAAGCAGUGAGAGGAUCCCAGUGGCCGGCGGUCUGGCCAAACCGACUGUACACAGCCCCUUACUGGUUAAACAGCUCCCAGAUGGGGAUUUAUGGAGCACCAUCUCCUCAGGAUUUCAUAAAAGAUCAAGAACAUUGGAAAAAUGUGGUGAGCUCGUCAUAUUUGAACGGGCUGGGUUUCAGUUGGGCCAAUGUGAGAAAUGUCAUGGACAUGAAAGCUGUUUAUGGGGGGUUUGCAACAGCUUUGAAGGAUCUUCCAGUGUGGGUUAUGAAUGUUGUGAACACAAAUGCUCCUGAUACACUUCCCAUAAUCUAUGAGCGUGGUCUUUUUGGAAUUUACCAUGACUGGUGUGAAUCAUUCAGCACAUAUCCACGUUCCUAUGAUCUCCUACAUGCUGAUCAUCUAUUCUCAAUGCUCAAACAGAGGUGCAGUAUUCUUCCCGUGAUGGCAGAGGUGGAUAGAAUAGUCAGACCUGGAGGUAAAUUGAUCGUCCGUGAUACAACAAAGGUAAUUGCUGAAGUUGAGAACUUGCUGAAAUCCCUUCAUUGGGAAAUUACUUUCACCAACCACAAAGACCAGGAUGGGGUACUCAGUGCUCAGAAAGGCCAAUGGCGGCCUCAGACAUACAUGCAGGCUGCUUCUUCGUAAUGUGAGGAAAAAAAAAAAAACUGUCAAUGCAUAUUAAUUCUCCCACUAGAAUGCACAUGUAGAACCAAAUAAUUGCAGCUAUCAGUCAUUUCAUACCUUAAGGUCAAAUGUAUCAGAGCUUAAAACACAAUGGGUGAUCUGAUUUUACGAACUAAAGUGCAGAGAACAUGUACUCUUGAAUA